CUACUGCUACUAGACACGGAAGCCCGUUAGGCGAAAGCUUCUUCUAUUCCGUCCACAACCAUUUGAACCAUUCUCGUGUAACCAUCUUGAAAUGUUGCGUUACGUUAGUAUUGCGUAAGACUCGUGUAACCUAUUUAAUUAUGAAACCAUUCCAUAUGCUCAUUAAGUUGUUCGACUUAUCCUCAUUUUUGUAGUAGUAAAAAAUAUGAAUGGCCUUUGCAAAUUAAUAAUAAAAAUUAGUAAAACCACGGCAGACAAAUCGAAUUGACAUGAAUAAUGAAUCUUCUAUGUCAUUUAUUAAGGAUUUCGCCACGAGCUAAAGUUCGCUAUAGUUCGAUGGACAUGACUAAGCAUAGUCAUGUUGAUGAAUGAAUUUCGCCUUCAAAGAUGUCCAUAUGUAUUUUAACCGGACCAUGUACAACAAAAUUCCUAAUGUUAAAGUGUUUAGUAUGCAUUUGUUUGCUUAAAAUCUAUCCUUAAAAAUGUACUCUAUGACUUCUAAUUAGUUUUAAUACAAGACAUGAACACUCGGUUCUUAACGAGUGUUUUGGGCACAACAAAUUUCUUAAUGCAAGAGUUCCUACAGCCAUUUAGGUCGCCGUGCAAUAAUGUGGCAUCUCUAUAAAUGUCAUUAAUGUCCUCUAAAAUGGUUUUCAGGAGGUGCUGCAAAUCUCGAGAACUGUUAUAGACCAUCUAUUCUUUUAUUCCUACUACUCGAGACUACCCUUCUGUUUUUUUUAAAGGUCUACUGUAAAUGAAUUUACCUGCUGUACUCAAGUCUACUUUGCAGCUUCCUGUUGCUGGAUUUACGGUCACUGUUGUCCAGAUAGAGUUUUCUGACCACUUAAUGGUACUCAUUUCACGCAACGGGAUGAUUGGGGAUAUUGUAAAUCAUAUAUUUGAUAAAAUAUUCUUUCAGGUUUUGUCCCAGAAAAGCAAUCUACCGACAAUAAAUGGUCAUGUUUCUCAUGAUCUUGAUACUCGGACCUUGUUUGGUCCUGAGAAAGUGAGCCUUCAAGUUAUUUUUACACUAGUGUUUCUUUCGUAAAGAAUUUGGAACGCCUGUCACUCUAUUGUAGUACCUUCAUUACACGUUUCGCACAUAUCUUUAAAAAGUCAAGGGCUAAUAAGCUUCCAAAAAUGAACUCACAUUUGAGAGAAUAAAUUAAUCGAACAGACAUUGGGAUUAAUUUGUUAAGAUUGACCUUGUUACAUCACUUUUCAUCUCUAUCUGUUCAUAGUUUAAUACACACUUUAUAACUGGAUAAGACGACUCACUCUAGCUUCGUAUUUCAAUCGGAAUCUUAGUUGCAGAAAACUUCUUAUCUACAAAUGCAGUAGGUUGUUUUAGUGAAUAUUUAGAACCUCUCCUUCCUAUUUUAUGAUUUCAAAAAGUUAUCUAACGUCUGUAAGUAAUACUCUGGUACUUGCUUUCAAUGUAAGUUCCUGGGAAAAUUACGUGAGUCAAAUAAAAUUUCACUUUUUGCACACUAGUUCAAAAUUAUGUUCGCUUUUUAUUGUACUUACUUUUAACUGUAUAAAGCAGGAAAAUAAUUUUGGGGAUUUCAUGUAAGCCUCAUUUUAGUUUUGCUCACAGACAUUUGAUCUACUCUUGUAAAAUACAUCAAUUUUUCUUUGACAUUUUAUUACUUGUAAGUUACCUAACAAUUUUAUCUUAUUCUUCCUUACAGAUGAAUACUUGUCUUGUCACCAGGCAGAUCACCAAGACUUUGGACACUUCAAAAACAAUACUUGUUAGUACUGAUUUCAAAGAAGACAUUUGUUUUAGUGAUACUCAACUGAUUUGUGAUGUUUUAAAAAAUAUAAGAUCGAAAUAGCUUAG